CAAAGCUUUGUUCAUGAUGAAGCUCAAGAACUACUUGAGAUCAGAUACAUUGACGCUUGUGUUGAUAAAUGUUGCUGCUAUAAUGGAAAUGGCUGAUGAAACUCUGUUACCUGGAGUUUACAAAGAAGUUGGCAAGGAUUUGCGCAUUGAUCCUGCUGGUCUUGGUUCACUGAGUCUCUACAGAUCAUUAGUUCAAUGUCUUUGUUACCCUCUUGCUGCAUUCCUUGCUUCUCGUCAUAAUCGUGCCAAUGUCAUUGCUCUCGGGGCUUUCCUUUGGUCCGGUGCCACUUUUCUUGUCGCCAUCUCCUCUACCUUUGCUGAGGUCUCUGCUUCUUCCUCUAUAGCAAUUUCGAGAGCAUUGAAUGGAAUAGGACUUGCAAUUGUCACACCAGCAAUCUUAUCUCUAGUUGCUGAUUCAACUGAUGAUACUAAUCGCGGUACAGCUUUUGGAUGGUUAUCACUAACAGGAGGUCUUGGUUCAAUAAUUGGUGCUCUUAUGUCUGUGCUGAUUGCUGAAACAUCAUUCAUGGGAAUCCCUGGCUGGAGAAUAUCCUUUCACCUGGUUGGUAUUAUAAGUGUUCUUGUUGGUCUUUUAGUCCGUCUCUUCGCCAAAGAUCCCCGUUUUCUUGACAGAGAUGUCAAUGCAAAAGAUCUACCUACACCGGAACCAUUUCAAGAACAAGUGAGAGAACUGCUAAAAGAAGCAAAAGUGGUUAUCAAAGUACCUUCCUUCAAGAUAAUUGUUGCACAAGGGGUUUUCGGGUCAUUCCUUGGGACAUCACUCUCAUUUACCACUAUGUGGUUGGAGCUUGUUGGCUUCUCUCACAAGACAACAGCGCUCAUCUCGAGUUUGUUUGUAGUUUCUCUGUCAUGUGGCGCAGUUUUUGGAGGAUUCAUGGGGGAUGUAUUGGCUAAGCACUUGCCUAAUUCUGGUAGGAUCAUGCUCUCUCAGAUAAGCACUGGUUCAGCUAUUCCCUUAGCUGCAAUUUUGCUGCUGCUAUUGCCUAAUGAUCCUUCCACAGCUUUGUUGCAUGGUUUAGUCCUGCUUAUAUUGGGAUUUUGCGCAUCAUGGAGCGGUCCAGCAACAAACAGUCCAAUAUUUGCUGAGAUAGUUCCUGAGAGAGCUCGUACGAGCAUUUAUGCUCUGGAUCGAUCUCUUGAGACCAUUGUAGCAUCAUUUGUUCCUAUGCUGGGGAAAUCGAAACAGAUAGACAAAAAUGCUGCCUCACUUGCCAAAGCAAUGUACACUGCAAUAGGCAUUCCAAUGGUCAUUUGUUGCUCCAUCUAUUCCCUCCUCUAUUUCACAUAUCCACGAGAUAGAGAUCGUGUCCUGUUGCAACAGAUUGAUGAAACGGGGAAUUCUCCAUCCGAAGAACAACAGCCCUUACUCGAGCACGAUGAGCAGAGACUUCUUUAA